ACACAGACAUCCGAGAUUCAGUAACGCCAAGAUCAUUUUGGCGCGCUCACGCCAUCUUUUUUUUCCAUAGACUAUUCAUUUAAUUGAUUAUCUGUGAAAUGUGUGUCAAUGCGUUAGUUUUUUAAUAACGUAUUUUUUUUUUGUGUGCACUUUACGGAUUUGGAAUUUUAUACAAUGGCGCAUUCACGAUCCAUAAAAUUAGUCACAGCCUUGAUUCUACUAGCAUUGCAAAUUACGACGGCCGCUAAAAAUAACGCUAGACCAGUUUAUGAAGUUAUAAAUGAACAAGCAAGGAUGGAUGACAUAAGACUGUCGAGUGGUCCAUCAAAUCUACCAUAUGGUAAUCCGUUGGCUGGUAAUUCUGCACACAAUGCAAGACUACACGCUAGUAAUCAGCAAGCGAUGUUCAACGCAGAGAGAAUACGGCAACACAAAGCUCAACUACAAAGAUUAACACAAGGUCCUCCAAUAAUUGAUAGUUAUAUGAAAGCAUAUCAUGAAUCGCAAGAUAGUCAUCAACUGGCGCUCGAACAACAACAAACUAACAUUAAAGUCGAUGCAACCACGCAACCCACUAUUCCACGUAAGCAAAUCAGAGUUAGAGUACCACAAAACUCUAAGCCAAGUACUGCACAAAGCACUCACGAUAUCCCAGCAAGAAAUGUACAAAGAACCCAAAUACCUAAAACAAACCGAAGACAAGAAUUUAAAAGCAGAACCGCAAACGUGGAUGAAGCCAUGGAAAAACUAAUAAGAGCAAAUACAGGCAGAGAAAGAAGUAGAAACCAUAGAUCAUAUGACUCGGUUGAAUAUCAACAAUAUUUGGAAUCAAAACAGCCGCAUAUAAUUCCAGAUGCGUUUGAAGAAGGCGUAACAAUCAAACCUAAUGGUAAUAUUGGACUUGCUCAGGAUCAAGAACAUACAGCUAUUAUUUUGCCUAAAGCUCUUUACCAUGGAAAAUAUAUACCAAAGAAUGUACAUAAUUACGGUGCAGCCCAAGAAAUAAAUGCACUGGAAAUGUUGUUGAAGAAGAACCCUACUCAACAGUUGUCAGAAUUCAAAACAUUAGUAGACUCAGAUAGGUCUUUCGAAAAUGAAAACAGUCCACCUUCGGAUUUAUAUUAUUUUCUCAGAGAACCGACGCCGCAAACACCAGCCAUUAAUUAUGAACAAAUUUACACUGAACAGCCACAUAUUUAUGCUAGUGAUUAUACUCCCAUCAAUGAAGAAAUAGUUGACAUCGAAAAUCAAACACCAUAUAAAACUAGUUUUGUCAUUCCACAGCUAACUACCGAAGCACCCAGAGUUGAAUCAAGUACUCUUCACACAAAUUAUUACAAAGUAGAAGUAGCUAGUCAAACUGUUGGUACUGAUUAUAAACCUGAUAAAAUAAAUAAGGAAUUAAUAUACAAUGACGAUCCAUCAUAUGAAAAAACACACUAUGGCUAUCAACCUGAACAUCCAGAAGAUGAUUUAAAAAGUUCAAAGUUAAAAGGUGUUCAACAUUUAACAGAAGAUGGGACUGGAGUAUCGGCUUUCGGUGAUGAUAAUUUACAAUACGCAGCAAACUACGAGUUCGGGUACAGAGUACGAGACUCAGACAGUGGCAACUUCUACGGGCAGUACGAAGCGAAGAAAGGAGAAAGCACCAAAGGUCAUUACCAUGUUUUAUUGCCAGAUGGAAGAAUGCAACAAGUCGUUUAUUCUGCAGGACCUAGUGGAUACCAUGCUGACAUUAGUUACGAACAUUUAAAAAACGAAUAAAGUGCGAAAAAGUGUCAGUAUUAAACAAUCAAUCGUCCAAAAAUUUAGGAUGGCAAUAAUUUUACAUUUUAAAGGGUAUUCCCAAGAAUUGAUAUGUGAUAAGAUUUUUUGUAAAGUUAGGUUAGGUUAGUCUUUAUAAUUACCGUUAGUACAAAUAAAACACAAUAACUUUUAAAUUUAUUUAAAUUAAUAACAUUACAUGUUUAUUUCUUAUACGUAGGUAACAAGUCAUACAUUUAUACAAACACAACGAGCCUUAAAUCACUUGCAAUUAAUUCACUUUUCGUAGUGAACCUUUAAAAUGUAUUUCGACGUGUUCCAAAUAUGGAGUCUCUUCAAAAAAUGGCGGCAAAUAUGGUCAUUGUCAAAUUAUAUAGCCAAAUGAGUCGUAUUCCCGCCAUUGCUUCAGAAGUGAAAACGCUAGAAAGCUGUUAUUUUAACAAGCAAAUUAUUUUCGUAAGCUGACAUUAUCUCGCUUCCUGCGUUACAUAAACUUACAUAAGGGUUAUUUAUUGCUUAGUAAUUACUAAUUACACAGAGCCCAAAUGUGCUGUAUGGACAAUAUAAUGCUGUAUUCACACAAAACCAUCAAAGGCCGACUUAACGGCUAUAUAAUGGCUUUUUUCUCUAUAUGUACGCAGCUUAAAAAGGAAAGCGUUAGAACUGUCACUGUCAUUAAAUGAUGUAAUAGUUGACAAUGUCAAUAGUCAUGAACUCUAUGGAAAUCGGUAAUGAGCGGUAAUCACAGUUAUUCAAUUUCUCUUUUUUUGUGCUGAGUAACAUACCUUAUGAGUCAAUCAUUUAUUAUUACAAUGAGAAGAUAACAGUGAAUAUCGCUUUUAUAAUAGGGUGUAAGUAUUACGUUGGAUUUUUUUUUGUAACGAUUAUGCGAUAAAACUUUUUUCCCCGAUUAUAUUUUAUAGUUUGAUUUUAUAAUAGCUUACCUACUUCCGACACUACAAUACGAUCACUUUAAAUAGUUAUUUUAAUAUUAAUAUUUAUUGUUAUCUGUAUUCUAUACAUAUAUGAAUAAAAAUAUGUAAGUACCUAACUACAUAAUAUGUCCAUUUCAUUAGGAUUUUUUUAAUAUCCGUAUUUCUCUAAUAACAUGAG